AAUUUUUUUGUUAAAUAAAAUUAAAAAAUUGUGAAGUGACUGCUAACUUUAAUGUCGUAUAAAAAUUAGAGCGUAGAGUGUUGACAAUAAAUAACUAAACGUCAAGAUGGAUGAAUGUAUGUUGAAUGAUUUGUUGGAGUGCUCCGUCUGUCUGGAGAGGUUGGACACCUCGAGCAAAGUUCUGCCAUGUCAGCACACCUUUUGUAAAAAAUGUCUCGAGGAAAUAGUCAGCACUCAUCGAGAACUGAGAUGUCCGGAGUGUCGUGUUCUGGUGGAGGCAAAAGUAGACGAUUUACCGCCAAAUGUUCUGCUGAUGAGGAUACUGGAGGGAAUGAGAAACGCGACUCCAAAAAGUGGAAAACCGUAUUCUAGAAUUACUCCAGGACCGCAGAGACUUUUUGGCGGUCAUCAGGUGACACCGACGCCUGCUGCUGUCACUACGACCAUGGCACCAGUUGUACUCGCAGCUGAUCCCGCUAGACAUGCUAACGCCUCGGCUAAGCAGGUGCAUCUUCACAACCAACCCUACGGAAGGGCUAUUUAUGAUUACAUCUCCAAAGUCCCUGGGGAUUUGAGCUUUAAAAAGGGAGAUAUUGUGAUUUUAAGAAAGAAAAUUGAUAAUAAUUGGUACUUUGGCGAGUGUGGAAAUAAUCAUGGUGUCUUUCCGCUUUCUUAUGUCCAGGUGAUGACUCCUCUGCCUCCACAUGUUCCACAGUGUAAAGCCUUGUACGAUUUUAGAAUGACUAAUGACGAAGAGGAUGGAUGUCUUACAUUCAACAAAGGUGAAGUGAUAAGUGUUAUAAGAAGAGUGGACGAGAAUUGGGCAGAAGGAAAAUUACUUGACCGUAUUGGAAUAUUUCCAUUGGCAUUUGUCGAAUUGAACAGCGUGGCUCGUGCUCUGAUGAAAUUAUCGACCAACGUCCAACCCGGACCAUCAAGAGUAGCGCCUCCGACUCCAACAAACGAAGAGACAACACCAUUGAUCCCAACAGACCAUACCAGAAAUGUUCAGACGACCAGUAGUCAGCCUCAGCGACCACAAACAGCUCCAGCAGCAGUACUGCCCGUCUCAGACUCAAGUUCCACAGUUUCUUCGGGUGGCAGCUCGACAACCACCACUCCAAACACACCAAACAGUUCAACGACCUCUAGCAGCUCCAGCACGGCGCCAAGCAGUCCCAGCAGUCCAGCGACUUCCCCACCAGCAGUCGGAGGCAGACACAGCGCCAAGCGUCACAGUUUCACGGCAGUAAAUGCCGGUCAUCACCCACAUCCUCAUCACAGACACAGCGCCGAGAUUCUCAGCCCACCAGCUGCAGAAGCAAAUGUCAGCGGAAGCAGCAACAACGCUAGCAGUACCACUGAGCCCUUUUCAGCCUCGCAACCCACCUCAGGAACUCAAGAACACAAUUUACGUCAUCGCAGAAGCGGAAGUAGCGACCUUGUUCUCUCCCAGCCCUCUUCCAGCUUACCCGCUAAUUCAACGACAAAUCUGCCUGCUGCCUACGUCGCGCUCUACCCUUACAAGCCUCAGAAAGCUGACGAACUCGAGCUACGCAAGGGUGGGAUCUACAUGGUGACCGAACGCUGUCAGGAUGGUUGGUUUAAAGGAACGUCGAAUCGCACACAAAAAUGCGGAGUUUUUCCGGGGAAUUAUGUGACACCUGCUAAAUGCCAGCGAGGAAUUUGCCGGGUCACUUUGACCACCACGCACCAAACUGCGACGCUGACUACUGCCCAAGCUUCUAAUGAUUCACGAAUGACCAUUAGCUAUGCGAAGAACAAAGGCGCGACUGCACAGCCGUACAGUCCGCGGUCUCUUCCGCCUCCGGAGUUACCACCACGUGCUAUUAGUCCCUCACCGGCUGUUUCUGCGUCUUGGCAUGGCCAGGGACAAGCACAGGGACAAAGCCCUCCACGGCUUGCUGAGCAAGCUGCUGCUAAUCCACUUGGUCGAAGUCACAGCGCUGUUAUGACUCCAAAUAUCGCUUCACCAGGUAAAACAAUGCUGUCACCGCCUUCAAAUGUAAUUUCACCCGGGACUACCAGCUCUGACAUGAACCGAAGCCCAAGCAAUACUCUUCGGGUAACUGGUGGAGUAACACCUCCUCCAAAUGUCUCAGUUGCCGCGGCUGUUGCUGCAGCUACUAGUGCUACCGCUUCCAAGUCUAGCGAAAAAGUAAAGCCAAAAGAGAAAAAAGAGAAAGGCGUGUCAUUAAUGCGUCGUUUAACAAACAUUAAAAAAUCAAAAUCACCUCCGCCGGCAACGUACUCAAUGGACAAUCCUGUCUUUGAAGACGGGAAUUUCGUGGCUUCCUCAGACGCCGUACACGUACGAUCGGGAUCAUGCCCGAGCCAAUUGUUAGAAAUCGGAACGAAUCAAGAAAGAACGAGUCCAAGCAAUCAGCAGCGAAUGUAUCCAGGAACUGUUCAAGGUACAUUAACAACAUCACAAAGGGCUAAACCCAAGGAAAGGCCCUCACUGCCCAUUACCUUUCUACCGAGAUCCGGAGAAGCCGGGGUUAUUGCAGCGGGAAAUCACCAUCGCAAAAGCAACUCCCUGGACGCUGGAAUGGGAAAGCAAAGCAAACAGCAACCGACGAUGCGUGAACGCGAACGAGUAAACAGAUUCCGUUGCAUCGUACCCUAUCCACCGAACAGCGAAUUCGAGCUAGAACUCAGGAUCGGUGAUAUUAUUUACGUACACAAGAAACGUGAUGAUGGUUGGUACAAAGGUACUCAGCAGCGUACUGGCCGCACUGGACUAUUUCCAGCGAGCUUCGUCGAAGCUUUCUGAGAUACAACGCAAGGUCGUCUUGUCUUAGAGACUUGCAUUUGAAUCAAGCCGUUCUAAGAAGAGACAACCUAAAAAAUACAUGUCGUUCAUUUUUUUUAUUUAAUUUUAUUUUUGUUUUUUUUUUUUUAAUGAUUUUUUUUUUAUCACUAGUUCCCUUUUAUUGCUAGUGAAUAAUUAUUAGGAAGAAUAAAUGAUAGCAUCACAAUUGACUGAGAUACUGCCAUGGCAAAAAUAAAGUAUAAAGUUUAACUAGUAAGCGAAACGAGAAACUAGAUAUUAUUGACUCGUGUAUGCUGAACUCGCGUGCAAUGUAUUAUAACUGCCAUCGGUGUAGUGAAAGUUUUUUUCCGGUUGUUUUUUAUAGAAAAAAAAAGAAAUUUCAUUAUUAGCUGUAACGCUAAUAAUAAUAAU